GAGGUAAGGGUUCGGUAGUAAUAGUACCUGGCAAGGCCGAAUGUUUUUCCGACGCUACACAGUCCCGAUCAGGCCUGAUCCCGAUACUAUCGUCACUGCGUCUGAUCAAGGCUAAAUUUGUAUAUCUUGUGGGUCGUUUGAUGUCAGCAAUCGGUUCCGACGUGCUAACAAGACUCAGUGUACUUGGUACCAGAACAGAAGCAAGUUCAGCAGGGGAGGCAAAGUCCCACCACGGUGCCCUAUGACCGAGUGUCCCGUUGCUUGAGUUGUGGACAGGAAACAUGGCCGAGGGUUCCGCCCCUACCGUGGACACUCACGUCCAUUUAUGGGACCUGGAGAAGUGGAAAUAUGCUUGGCCAACUCCUGACCUGAAACCGCUAUGGCACAACUUCUACCCAGAGGACCUACAGACAGCCAUGGGGACCACACCUGUACAGAACAUCAUCCUGGUCCAGGUCCUCAACCACUCCACAGAGGAGACUGAGUGGGAGCUGGACCUGUGUGAGAAGCACCCAUUCCUGGCCGGGGUGGUGGGCUGGGUGGAUCUUACUGAUCCACAGCUGGAAUCAACCCUAGAUAGACUUGCCUCCAGUCCCUACUUCCUGGGCGUUCGGUACAUCCUGGAUUUCGAGGCAGAUGAUUGGCUGGCUCGUUCUGACGUUCAGAAUGGCCUGGGCUUGUUGGAGAGGAAAGGGCUGACCUAUGACCUGCUGAUCAGGCCCAGGCAUUUCAGAUAUGCUAAGGAAGUUGUCUCCAAGUUUCCCAAGUUGAAGUUUGUGAUCAACCAUCUGGCCAAGCCCCACAUCAAGGAUGGAGUGAUAGAGGGAUGGAGAGAAGGGAUGGAAGAGCUGUCCAGGUUUCCUAAUGUCUACUGUAAGCUGUCAGGGAUGGUGACAGAAGCAGACCCAGACCACUGGACUGUGGAGGACUUCAGGCCAUAUGUUCAGCAUGUCCUGCAGUGUUUUGGUGCUGAGCGCUGCAUGUUUGGCUCGGACUGGCCGGUGUGUCGUCUGGCCAAGUCUGACUACCCACAGGUCCACCAGGUGCUGUCCCAGUGCUUGGAUGGCUGCACCAACGAGCAAAAGGAAGCCAUCUUUGGGAGGAAUGCUGUGGAGUUCUACAACAUCAAGACCCUCAUGAGCUAGAGACAAAUAUCUGUAUCUGUAUACUUGGUACAAUGGCCCCUUGAUGUAACAAACCAGCUUUGCUGGCACACAGUGUUUUGUAAUUUUUACAUUUUAGCUGCAAGCAUUGUUUAAAGUUAUAAAUUUAGUGAAGAUGCAGCUGCUGUACUUUCGUGGUACAUGUACAUGCCAAAUAUUGGUGGUGUUUUCUUGCCAAAACUGUUCUACUUAACAGCUUCAUAGCACAAUACAUGACAAAUAAAUGAAAGUAGAGAAUGUAAAUUUGCUACCAUAAACAAAUGUUUUACAUCAUAUGAUGUAAAAUAUUUAUGAUUGACUGCUGCAAAUGGCAUCUACUUGUGAACAUACCUAAUAUUGGAAAAAAAAAAUACAACUUAUACUUUCGGCUUACAGGACUCUUACAAACACACACACACGAUCUCUGUCGAAAGCAGUAGAAUACCAUUGUCUCUGAGUUGUCAUUUUCCCAAGCUAGCUACGAGUGAUUUAACACACACACACACACAAAUAUA